AUGGUAAAAUCAACAACACUUGGAAAUCUUUCAACGAGCCUUAAUACAUUCGAAGGUUCUUCCUCCUCCUCAUCAUCAUCGACGAACUCAUCACCCCUCUCAGCCAUCAAUGCGGCCAUGCAUAAUGCCUCAGUACUCUAUAACUCUCUCAAUCAUACAUCGUUUUUACAACGACACUUGCAACACAGCAAAGCCACCACAGCCAUUCUUUCAUCAUCACCAUCCUCCAUCACAACCACUAUUACAGCUAACAUUACAACCAAUAGAACGGUUCCGAUCGGAAGUAGGAACGAUGUAUCGAGUACUCUAAAAUCCUUACCAAUCAGUAGCAAUGACGUAUCUUCCAUCGACCAAGAUUCAUCCUCUCUUCCCAAACUCAAUCUUAGUUCCAUCACCAAGCAAUCUAAAACCAAACGAAAAUCCAGCAAGUCAGGUAGCAGCAGCGGUGGAACGAAGGCAAAAUCCGAACCUUCAUCACCAUCUGACGACAGCAGUUCUUCCUCCGGAAGUACAGCCCAAUCCUCAGGAAAGCGAAAGAGUUGCAAUAGAUGGACGAAAACAGAGAAUGAGAUGCUCAUCAAAGCUAUCGAAAAGUACGGCGAAAAGAAAUGGAAUGAAAUUGCUAAAAUGGUGGGCACAAAGAACAGUGAUCAGUGCAAUCAACAUUGGUGGCGAGUGCUCAAUCCCAAGAUUUGUAAAAAACCAUGGAGCGAAGAAGAAGACUUGAUGCUUAUUGAGAAGGUUCGCGAGUUUGGAGAAAGCGCAUGGAAGAGUAUUGCCGAUUCAUUUGUUGGAAGAACGGAUAUUCAGUGUCGUCACCGAUGGAUUAUGCUCCGCAAGUACGAGCAAGAAGGAAAGGGCAGACCGGUCUCUCGAACAAACAUUACUUGCAAUUCCAAUGUUACAAUUCCUCAAAAGCUGAAAGAAACGCUCAAUGAAGCGACAUCAUCCGUGGCCGUCACUACUUCUGCCUCACAACUCCAAUCAACAAAGAAGACAACUUCCCGAAAAAAGAGAAGCACCUCAAAUGCCAGCAGCAAUGGCAACAAUAAUUCCAAACAGCCAGAGUGUACAGGUACUCCGUUGAGUACAUUCUUGUGCGGAGAGGGUGAUUUGUUGUGCAAUGAAGAUCCCUUCCCCAUGUUAAAUUAUCAGAUCGUGUCACCCACGCAACAACAACACAUGACUCCUCACCAAUUACUUCGUACAGUGAAAAGGGAAGACAGCUUUGACAGAGAUGCUUUCGAAGAUGCUGGCCACAGUGAUUUGAUUGACGAGUCAGUGUACCACUUUGACCAACAAGAGAUUCUUUUGUGCGAAGGAACAGCCAUUGUUCCUUUCGAAUGUAAACUUGAAGUGAUGCAACCCUUAAUUGUCAAUGACAAUGCAGAAAGCUUUGAUCCUUGUCCAGAGGAAGUGGACGAUUUUGUGAGGCGUGAUAUUGAACUCGAGGAAAAACUGUUCAACAUGCAAACAAAUCCUGAUGCAGACAUUGUGAACUUAUCUUCCAUAACCCCAAGCAAUAAUUAUCUGUCGCGUCAAACCAACAUGUUUGACCCAGCUGUGAUUUCCAAUAGUCCUUCUUUUGCAUUAAGUGGUGGCAAUCAAAAGGAGUUUUCUGCUGUCUUUACCGAAUGGGAUGAAUUUGAGAACUCUGGUUUUUUGACUUCCGGCUUAUUUUAG